AAUCACCGUCCAUCAAUGGUUCUCAAAGACUUGCACAUUGAAAUUAUAGAUCGCUUACAUUGCAGGGCAAUUCACCCAAUUCAGCUCUCAAAUUCGUGUCUAAAGUUUAAAGCUGAUUCUCUCACGAAAGUUGGAAACUUGGGGAAGAUGAGGAGCUUGACAACGCUGUUUCUUGUGAUUCUGGUUUCUCUUUCUUACAAGAGCUUUGCAGAUAGGAUAUUGUCUGCUCAUCCUGCAGGUGAGACAUUUGGUCGUAGCUCUCGAGAACCAAAGUACAGGAUGGAUUAUCAUUCAGUAGAGUCUCCUUUUACUCCUGACUAUGACCAGGAAUCAGUGGUGAUGACUAAUAAAAAUGGGCAGAAAUUUUUGUGUUUCUUGCCGAAGAUUGAGGAGAAGAAGGAUGGGAAGUCAAAUAGUCAGCAAAAUAGCAGCAAUGUGAUCAUGGAAUCUGGCAAGCUGGUUAAGACGCCGGAUGAAUUGAUUGACGAGCUCAAGGACCAAUGCUUCGAAAGACACGAAGGUUGGUGGGUUUACGAAUUUUGCUAUCACAAAAAGCUUCGACAAGUUCAUUGGGAAGAUAACAAGAUUGUUCAAGAAUUUGUUAUGGGCACGUACGACCCGGAAGUUACAGCUGCCUUUAAUAGUAACCACUCUGGGGUUUCCACCUUAAAAGAUCCUCGUUCAAAAGAUGCAGCUCAAAGGUAUUGGAAGGCUGAAAAUUUAUAUGAUUCCAGGUACCACGCACAUCUAUAUACUAACGGGACAGUCUGUGACCUCACAAAUGAACCCCGAGAGACAGAGGUAAGAUUUAUGUGCUCUGAAUCACCCCGAGUAUCGAUCACCUCAAUCAAGGAAAUAUCAACAUGCAAGUAUGCAGUUACAAUUCAAUGUCCCAUGCUCUGUAGGCAUCCGAUGUUCCGAGAAGAAAGGCCUGCUUGGCACACCAUCAAUUGUAACGAGAUACCACCACGAGCCUCGGACGUUAGAGAAGCGAACGAGAAUGGAGGGGCUGUUGAGCCCAGACACAUAAUCAUGAGUCAUGAUGAGCCAGUGCCAUAUAAUAUGUAGCAUACAUACUCGUUCACGGUUGAAAAAGAAAGAAACUUAUAGAAAACCUUUAUUUUUUUUUUCUGACAAGGAAAAAACCCAUGGCAUUCGUUUAUCACAAAAUGAAAGCCUCCACAAUUGAAUGCAUGAUAUCCCUUUUUUCUUUGUC